GGUGACUCUGCUGCCUCAAAAGUGGGUGGUGAACGGUGCAAAUGGCGUUGAUGCGGUAGUUGACGGCAAACAUAUCCCAUUUCCCCUGCUUACACGCUUUCAGCUAUUGCUUUUCUUAAGAACAUUGUGAACUACAUCAACAAUGCCAGCUGUACGAGGAGAUGGGAUGAGAGGCCUUGCGGUCUUCAUUUCAGACAUAAGAAAUUGUAAAAGCAAGGAGGCCGAAGUUAAACGUAUCAAUAAAGAACUUGCCAACAUUCGGUCCAAGUUCAAAGGUGACAAAACACUGGAUGGUUACCAGAAGAAAAAGUAUGUUUGUAAGCUCCUCUUCAUCUUCCUGCUUGGCCAUGAUAUUGACUUUGGUCACAUGGAGGCAGUUAAUCUUCUGUCUUCCAACAAGUACACAGAGAAACAGAUUGGUUAUUUAUUCAUCUCAGUCCUGGUGAACACCAAUAGUGAUCUCAUUAAGCUGAUAGUCCAAAGUAUUAAGAAUGAUCUGGGCUCCCGCAACCCUGUGCACGUUAACCUGGCCCUGCAGUGUAUCGCAAAUAUUGGCUCAAAGGAAAUGGCAGAUGCAUUUGGCACGGACAUUCCAAAGUUGCUGGUAUCUGGUGAGACGAUGGAUGUGGUGAAGCAGUCAGCUGCUCUCUGCCUUUUGCGUUUGUUUCGUACAACACAAGAAAUUAUCCCUGGUGGAGAAUGGACAUCUCGCAUCAUACACCUGCUCAAUGACCAACAUAUGGGUGUAGUGACAGCAGCAUGCUCUCUCAUUGAAGCUCUAGUUAAGAAGAAUCCUGAUGAAUAUAAAGGUUGUGUCUCUCUUGCAGUUUCGAGACUUUCCAGAAUAGUAACUGCUAGCUAUACAGACCUGCAAGACUAUACAUACUACUUUGUUCCUGCCCCAUGGUUAUCAGUAAAGCUCUUGCGGCUCCUUCAACACUACCCACCACCUGAGGACCCUGGUGUUAGGGGCCGACUCAAUGAAUGCCUUGACACCAUCCUCAACAAGGCUCAGGAGCCACCUAAAUCUAAAAAGGUUCAACACUCCAAUGCAAAGAAUGCUGUGCUCUUUGAGGCUAUCAGCAUAAUAAUUCACUCUGACAGUGAGCCAAACUUGUUGGUACGGGCUUGUAAUCAGUUGGGUCAGUUCCUCUCUCAUCGUGAGACUAAUCUGCGCUACCUUGCCCUGGAGACCAUGUGUCUCUUGGCUACUUCCGAGUUCUCUCAUGAGGCUGUCAAGAAACACCAAGAAACUGUCAUCAAUGCUCUCAAAACAGAACGAGAUGUUAGUGUACGUCAAAGAGCUGUGGAUCUCCUGUAUGCCAUGUGUGACAGAAGUAAUGCUGAGGAGAUCGUGCAAGAAAUGCUGAACUACCUGGAAACUGCUGAUUAUUCUAUUCGUGAAGAAAUGGUGCUGAAAGUGGCCAUUCUGGCAGAGAAGUAUGCUCAGGACUACACCUGGUAUGUGGAUGUUAUUCUAAACCUCAUCCGCAUUGCUGGUGACUAUGUAUCAGAGGAAGUGUGGUACCGAGUCAUCCAGAUAGUCGUUAAUAGAGAGGAUGUCCAGGGAUAUGCUGCCAAGACUGUUUUUGAGGCUCUGCAGGCGCCUGCAUGCCAUGAGAACAUGGUUAAAGUCGGGGGUUACAUCCUAGGUGAAUUUGGUAAUCUGAUUGCUGGAGACUCCAGAUCUGCUCCAGUUGUUCAGUUCCAGCUCUUACACUCCAAGUACCACCUUUGCUCUGCGGCAACGCGUGCUCUACUCCUCACCACAUACAUUAAGUUCAUCAACCUCUUCCCAGAGAUUAAGUCACAAAUACAGGAUGUCCUCAAGUCUAAUUCUAACCUGCGAUCAUCUGAUGCAGAGCUGCAGCAGAGAGCGUCAGAGUACCUCCAUCUCUCUGUUACCACCACCACUGAUGUUUUGGCCACAGUAUUAGAAGAGAUGCCACCAUUUACUGAAAAGGAGUCAUCCAUAUUAGCAGUAUUGAAGAAGAAGAGUGGUCGCAUGUCUGCACAGGAGGCUCAGAGAGAAGCUCGGGUACAAGCGCGGGAAGGUAAUGCAGCACCAGCAGCAGAAAAAGCCCAGAAUGCCCAGCUCAAGACGAAAUCACCAUCCAAUGCAGCCUUUCCAAUUCCUCAGCUGAACAACUCCACAUCUGCAGACUUGUUGGGUCUCUCAACUCCUCCAGCCACUCAAAACAAUACUCAGAGUAAUACAGGUGUGCUUGUGGAUGUAUUGGGCGACCUGUACGGGGGUGGAGGCACCAACACACACAACGGCACAUCAGCACCUGCCACGAUAUCAAUGUCGGGUGCCACAGACAACAUCAAGAAAUUUGUAUGUAAAAACAAUGGUGUUUUAUAUGAAAAUGACAUCAUUCAAAUUGGUAUAAAGUCCGAAUUUCGACAAAACCUUGGGAGGGUAGGAGUCUUCUAUGGAAACAAAACUUCCAUGCCUUUGCAGGCCUUCAAUCCCACUGUGUCGGUGGGUCAAGGUCAGCAGGGAAAGGUUACGGUACAAGUUAAACCAGUUGAGCCCUCCAUCGAUGCUGGAGCACAAGUCCAGCAACUCGUGAAUUGUGAAUGUGUUGAAGACUUUAAUGGUCUACCGGACUUGUCAGUGAGCUUUACCUAUGGCAAUGUUCCCCAACGCCUGGCACUCCAUUUACCGCUUUCCUGCAACAAAUUCUUUGAGCCAACAGAUAUGAAUGGAGAAUCUUUCUUUGCUCGUUGGAAGAAUCUCAGUGGACCCCUACAAGAGGCACAAAAAAUAUUUAAAGCAACUGGACCCAUGGAAAAUGCUUCCAUCAAGACCAAACUUUUGGGCUUUGGCAUGCAGCUGCUGGAAGGCAUCGAUCCAAACCCUGAGAACUACGUUUGUGCAGCCAUCAUCCACACACGCACACAACAAAUAGGCUGUCUUCUCCGUCUGGAACCCAACCGCCAAGCUGAGAUGUAUCGACUAACAAUCCGUGCCAGUAAAGAAUCCACAGCACAGAUUUUGGCAGACUUGUUAGCUGAACAGUUUUAACCUCAACAGACUCACUUGACUAGUUUCAUCCACAUACAGAGAAACUAUGUGGGAAAAAUACCUGAGUGAUCAUAACAGUUGUGAAACCUCAGUAAAGUUAGUGAAACACCACCAGUGACUCGUGAUACAGCAACAUCGAAACACCAGUCAGUUUCCAUCACAGUGACUAUUUAUUGAGUUUAAAUCACAGUAGAAUGUCUGCUGAAGUGGUAAUUGUAAAAAUGAGUGAAUGUGUUUUAAGACAGAAUCAUUUAAGCAUAAUACCAGAAAAAGCUACCAACACAAGAUUUUAACAUGUCCACCAUAGUUCCCAGUGAUUUAUUUAUUUUUUAGUAUAUUUGGUUAUUUUGUUUGUUUUCUGAUAGCAACCACAUUCACCAGGGUUGGGUUUUUUUUAUAUUUGUUAUUAUUUGACAAAGGAUAUUUUUAAAUGUAUUGUUUUCAAGCAAAUCUUGUUACUGAUGGAAUUAUUUCAUGAAUAUGAAUUUAAAUCUUAAAUUAGUGGCAUGAAUACAUACCAUGCUUAAUUGUUUCAAGUCAUGCCACUUAGUACUAUUAUACCAAUAGCUGUCUUGAAACUUACUGGCAAACCAGUACAGGGCAAGAAUCCAGUUAGCAAAAGGAUCAAAAGACCAGCAUAAGGAUAUUUGUUAACACCAGUCACAUUUAUAAGAUGUAGUGUGUAUAGACAUUAGCAGUGACGAAUAUGUGUGUGUAGGGAGUUGAAGGGAGAACUAGAUGUGACUUGGUGUCAAUUUCCUCUUGGCUGUAAGCUUUUGAAUCCUAGUGUAUAGUGUUGAAAACAGUUUAUUAUAAGUUAAUAUUAUAAAUUACCACAUCUUUAAAUAUGUAUAUCAGACAUUUUAUUAGUUUGUCACAAACAUUUCCCUUCAAAUAAUUCUUUAUAUUUCAUUGGCAAAUUUUAUUUCUACUGCCUAGGUCUAAAAUCUAUGUGACACUGUUCUUAAGAGCAAAUAUUAACUUUUUUGCUGAUCACAAGGUCUUGCAUGUUACUAGAGCUUGUCAAUGAAGGACUUCCUGUUGCUUAUUAUCAUCAGCACUGCUGGUAGAUCUUAUGAAGAUUAAGGUGAUACUUUGUGGCGGCAGAAUUUUUAUGUGAUUGUCGUUGGUCUGUUCCAGCAUCCUGUUUAUAGUUGUAAAGAAACCUGUGUAUCAGUAGUUCCAUUCAUUCCUCAUGUGUGGAUUCAUAAAUGUAAAAUAAUUUGAGAUGCAUGAAAGGUGCAGAGAUCAUUAUUGUAUAGAGUUAAUGCUAAUGUAAGUUAUUAUUUUAGACUUCAUAUCAGAUUGUAAUUAUGUCCUGACUUGGUUCUUAUUGUGUAUUAUUGGGCAGCAAAGACAUUUAUUGUAUUAUAAGCAGACACUGGUCAGAAGUAUAGACAGUAGUUAAGGAGUUUCAUGGGCCUUGAAUCUUGUAAAGUAUAUCUCCACUUAUUGUAAUUGUCACUUUUAUAUUUUCUCAGCUGCAGGGGCUUUUCUGAACAAUGGGGAAAUUAGAACAGUCACGUAGAAGUUACUGUGUUAAACUUUAAACUUGAAGAUGUUCUUUGCAUACAAAUUACAUAACCAAGUGUCAUGAACUGAAGAUUUUAGAGAAGUUUUAGCUCAUAACCCUUUGGAGGUGUUAGAGCUUCUGUUUUUCCAGUUGGCAGCAGUUACGUGGUAUUGAUGUGGAAAAGUUGUCAGUGUUGUGAAGAUGACUGAAUAAAAUAGAAAAAUGUAUAUAUUAUACAUCAAUAAUAAUCCAAAUAACUUUUUGAUUCAAGGAUCAUUUUCUAAACCAUUUUGUUAUUGAUACUUUUAGGCUCAUCAGGUUUAACCAUGAUCCUGGCUGGAAUUUGAGUUUCUGAUACAGUACUGUACUUAAAUCUUUAUUGGUGAACUUGGAAUAUUGUUAUUGGAAAUGCUUCUUGAUUUCAGAUUUGAGUAGAGCUCUAGUUACAGUUCUUAAUGAGAUCACAACAUUAUUUGUUGUUGAACUAAUGCCCAGAUUGUAGGACUGAAAAUUACCCUCAAAAUCUUUAUACAGUAAUUUAUUUGUGACAUAUGAUUCUGAAAGUUAGCUUUUCUGUAGCUUGUCUUUUGUGUGUUUAAACUGGCAAGUAACUUAUGUUUCUAAUAUAAACUUGUCAUAUCCCGAUAAAAAGUUAGAUGUACAGUAGGUGGUAAUUUGUUUACUACCAGUCAUAUUCAUGCAUUUAUCCAGCUUAGUUCUAUACAACAGAGAUCCCAUCCAUAAAAUGCAGUUAUAAGUUGUCAAGAGCUUUUAGCAGUAUGUUUUUUCUUCCUGAACAAAUUAUGUUGAAGUAGUUUUGGUGCAAAGUUGAAUGAAGACUUGGUUUAUGAAAGAAUAGAAUCUUAUUUUAAACUGGAAAGAAUAGAAUCUUAUUUGUAAACUGAAAGAUUGGUCAGCUAAUUCUACCAUCUUUACAGAACAAAAACUUAAAAGCCAAAAUCCAGGUCCCUAAUGAUGUUUUAGAACUUUUAAAGAAUUUAACAUCAUUUUAAGUUAACUUUUGAUUUUAAUAAUUUAUUUUUCUAAUGAUCCUAAAGAUUUGAAAUAGAAAAGUCCUUAAGGCUUUAUAAGUAUGGAUUGCAAGAAAUAGCAGAUAAUUGUUUUCUUAACAGAUUCUCAGCUCUGGAAAGGAUUGACGAGAUGGCAUGGUUGUAGUUAGUGACAUCUUAUCAGGUAAUUAAAAAAAAAAAAUUCUGAGAUUUCAGUAAUAAUUGAUUCAUAUUUUGUUGUAAUGGCAACAUGUCAAUAAUUUUGUAUCUUCUAAGUGAGAGUUACAUUUAUGAACAGCUGUGACCUUGACCUUUCUGACUGUGUGUAAAGUUUUAUUCUUAUAUUUAUUUUUUUGCAUUAUGAGAACCAGAAGCAGUGACAUGUCUAGAGACGAUAAUAGUCAAUGGGAAUCAAUUCACUGUCACAUUUUAAAUAAGAAACCAAGUUAACAGCACAGUUUAGCUAAAUUUUAUAUUCCAGUUGUAGUGUCUAGCACAAGCCUAGUCAGCUGUUUCACACCUUUUCGCUGCAUGUCUGUGUCUCUUGUCGGGGCUUCUUGCCCAGUAGGGUUUUAUAAUAAAAGACUUUUUCUCAGACAUUCCAUUCAGACAUGUGGCUUUUGAUUUAUUUGCUUUAUGAUAUAGUUUAUUGCUUCCUGGGAUAUUAUGACAGCUUGUAAAUGCAGCACCUUCACCAACAGUACAUUUAUAAAAAACUGUUAACUCGGUUAUCUUUUUUUUAUUAUGACACUGAACCAUAUUGACCCAUUGGUGGUACUAUGUUUACACUGUUAAUAUUUAGGAUCAUUUCAGUAAAGAAAUGCAAGUCCCUCACAUAAGACUGACAUUUGAGUGUCACAGGUGUAAUCUCAAGAGAUGGUUGAUGAAUUGUUACUCAAGUUGUUGAAAUCUGUUGUAUGGUAUAUUGUAGAGUAGAUGUGAAAUGGUGGCAUACAUUACUCAAUUUGAAUAUGGUCUGCCUUGUAACAUUGUGAAUGGCAGUUAAGGUUGAUUGUAUUAUUUGCAACCAAGUGUAACUGCCUGCACAAACUUAUUGAAGAACUUCAGUUCACAGAAUAAAUAAAAUAGGACUAAUUAAUAAUGUGUUCUGGGAGUGGUAAGGCAUUGGAUGAUCUGAUAAUACAUUUUAAAAGGGGUACUGCUUGUUUCUUGAGGUAUUUAAGAAUGCUAUUACAUCUUCAAAAGUAGGUAUGGGGGGUAUCAAGACCAAUGCUGUAUUUGCUGAUUCUCCCAGAAUGUUAGAAAGUUGGCCUUGGUCAACAUAUGGAGAUGAAAUGUUGACUUAGUCAAAGAAUAUGGUUUUGGAGAAAAUCACGGAAACAAUUUUAUGUUUUUGUCCUACAUAUAGUAUUUAAUUGUAAUAAGUAUUUAUUGUGGUAAAUUGUUGAUUAACCAUUGUUAAUGUAUUUUGUUGCUAGUAAAUACACUCACUCUUACAGAAGUAUACUGAACUACAUACAUGCACACACACUUAGAACAUAUAGUACAUAUAAAUCUGCAGAUAUACUCAGUACAUAAAUGUUUUCCAUUAGUCUAUUUGGGUGCAACACAUCCAACACUUUUAAGGCAAAAGGUACUGUUUAAAGCAGGUUUGUAAUUAUUACUCAGAUAAUUUAAGACAUUUAGAUUGUUUCCUUGGGAUUUCUCAAAGCCAUAAUGUGUUCCAUAUUGAAAUUAUUGUAUGUAAGUGAAUGGUAAAUAAAUGUGUAUAUUGCA